AGGGGACGGAAUGACCAAUAGUUUCAUAUCAGAGGAAAGAAUAACUACCAGGAGCAGCAGGUCGACUUUAGUCAGAACAUGGAAGCCUACGAUUCAGCAACUUUCGUUCUCGUACCCCAAUGCAACCCUCCGGUUCAGCCUAGGACAAUAUGUACAUUCAUCCUACCUUAUGAUUCUUAGAUCUUUAAAAGCAGAUUGUAGGCCUAGUGACGAGGAAAAUUGUUUAAAUUCAGACGACGGACCAUCCGUAGAAGUAAAUGUUACACAAAACCAGACGAUAACGACACUUCGAUAUCGAGAUAGGUUUGCUAACGUUAAACUAGAUUUUCCUAUUCCACCAGAUAAAGGGGUUAGUAUAAUUAUAUUUAUGUAUACCGUCUAAUUAAAAUAUAAUUU